AUGUUCAAGAUAAUGUACCGAACCUUUUCCACAACAAGAUCAGCGAAAACUCUUUUGGAAAGGGAACUUUACCAAGGAAACUCCGUAGUACGUUUCGUUUUGAAUGACAAGAAAGUGAACACCCUCUCACUGGCAAUGAUAAAUGAGCUGUUCGCUGAAUUGAAAGCUAUCGACAAAAUUGAGAAGGUACGAUCGGUCGUUAUCGCACACAACGGAAAAUCAUUCUCUGCUGGACACGAGCUGAAAGAACUCACUACAGAGAGCGGGUCAGAAAAGCACAACGAAAUCUUCAAUACAUGUGGAGAUAUGAUGAACUUUAUUCGAAACAUGAAAGUACCUGUAAUCGCAGAAGUUAAUGGUACCGCCGCUGCAGCUGGUCUCCAACUUGUUGCUUCCUGUGAUAUUGUCGUAGCCGGAAAGUCUUCCAAAUUUUUGGUCCCCGGUCAGAAACUCGGAUUGUUCUGCUCAACUCCAGGUAUUGCUCUGGUACGGGCUGUUCCUAGAAAAGUUGCAAUGGAUAUGCUCCUCACCGCUCAACCAAUUGAUUCUGAGGCAGCUUUGCGAGCUGGGCUAGUUUCUAGAGUAGUGGAAGAUUCAGAAGUCAAAUUCGAAGCGUUGAAAGUAGCGGAACAAAUAGGACAUUUCAGUCGCUCAGUUACUGCACUAGGAAAGGCUUUCUUCUAUACUCAAGCUGAAUUGAGUACUGUUGAUGCAUACAGAUAUGGAUCUCGAGUGAUGGUUGGAAAUUUGAAACUUAAGGACUGUCAAGAAGGGAUUUCAGCAUUCAUCGGAAAGCGUGAGCCGGAGUUUGAGCAUUCAAAUGAUCUUAUUGAAGACGCCAAAAAGAACUAG